CAUGGACGCCGCGUCCCUCUUCAUCCCGGACGGCUGGACCAGCGCCUUCCCGCAGCCGCUGUCCACGGUGGAACUGCUGGAGCGCUGGGACUACCCGGCGGAGACGUGGCAGGUGGAGACGGCCGACGGCCACAUCCUGGUGCUGCACCGCGUGCCGGCGCAGGGCAAGCCCGCCGUGCUGCUGCUGCACGGCCUGUUCUGCUCGUCGGCCGAGUGGCUGCUCGCCGGCCCGGACCGGUCGCUCGGUAAGCCACCCACGCCGAGGUCCCGGGUUCGAAUACCGACUCGCGAGGCGCCCUUUCCCUUUCUCCACCGCAAGGGCAGCCCUGCAGCUCUACGACGCGGGCUACGACGUGUGGCUCGCCAACUUCAGGGGUAACCCCUACUCGCUCGGCCACCGGGACA